AUGUCGACGGAGCACACUCGCGAUUGGUCGACUCUACUUCUGGUUGAGAAACAGACUGGACCAACCGACCAGGCAUUUGAGCUGCCAGAAAUCGCUUGCUUUACGCUGUACCAAUUUCCCUGUCCUCUGAAACACCCUUCCGACUACCUCACCUGGCGCAAUGACAUCUACCACAUUCUGAAAGUGCACAGACUUCAUCGGCUCAUUGAUUCUGGCAUCGUUCGCCCUUACAGGGACUCGCCCAAUGCUAGGAGAUGGCAACAGAUGUCGAUCGAGGUCCGCAACUGGCUAGCGUGGAACAUGAAUCCGAUCCUUGUAUGCAUGAUUGCGAAAGAACAGCCCCGAGCCGAACUGGCAGACGAGUUCAUGAUGGGGGCCGAGAAGAUUCUUGGGCCUUAUACCCGCAGUCCCGCACAGGACUAUGAGGAUAUCUCAAGCGGUCUGUUCAAUCUCAUUCGGUGCCGGCGAUGUGAUUACUCUAGUGCCCGGUGGUUUGUUCACCGUCUGAUGGAGUAUUACACCCACACUUUGAAUAUGAAGAUGGGGAUUCCGCCAUUUGUCCCGCUGCUGAUCUUGCUGGCGGAAGUUGAGAGUGAUGUGGGAACAGCCUUUGUCAAUCUGAGAUAUGAACGGUUGAAGAACAUGCACAACUUCGCCCAGGAUGUUACCAAAGCUUACCUUGAAGAAGUGUACCUCGAUGUGUUGGACUACCUGGAGUGUAUGGAUCCGAUGCCUAUUGAAUGA